UAAAAAUACUUUUUUUAUAAAUGAGGCAAAAUAGAAUUUUGUCCAGCUAACGAGAAGAAGAAGAAGAAGAAGAAGAGGAGGAAGAGAGAGAUAGGAAUGGGUAAGUCCUUGGUACUUUGUGGCACUACUUCUCAGUAUUCUUACCAGCUCCCAGGGAAUUCUAACAACUCUUUCUCAAGUGAUGAAGGAGGUUAUAAGUACGAUUAUGCUACCGUUCCCUUUCUUGCCGAAGUUCUCAAGCUGAUCAUUUCUAGUUUGUUUCUUUGGAGAGAGACCAAGACAUCUUCUUCUUCUUCUUCAUCAGCAACUGCAAAGAUUACUAAGGAUUGGAAGAGCGUCCGCUUAUUUGUUAUUCCUUCUAUUAUUUAUCUCAUCCAUAACAAUGUCCAGUUUGCUACUCUCACUUUUGUCGACACAUCCACUUAUCAAAUCAUGGGUAAUCUCAAGAUCGUCACCACUGCCCUUCUCUUUAGGUUAUUUUUGAAGAGGAAAUUAUCAAACCUUCAGUGGAUGGCUAUUGGUCUUUUAGCUGUUGGAACUACCACCAGCCAGGUGUUGCUUCUUUUAUUCUCCCUCCUUAUGCUUCUCAACAUUAUUCAAAAUGAUUUCAAUUUUGUCUUCUUCUUGUUUCAGAUUAAGGGUUGCGGAGAAGCUUCAUGUGAUUCCCUAUUCACAGCACCAAUACAAGGCUAUUUGUUGGGCAUCCUCUCUGCCGCUUUGUCCGCACUAGCCGGAGUCUACACUGAGUUUCUGAUGAAGAGAAACAAUGACAGCUUAUACUGGCAAAACUUGCAGUUGUAUACGUUUGGCUCACUUUUCAACGUUGCUCGGCUUAUAGCAGAUGAUUUCAGACUCGGGUUUGAAAAGGGUCUUUGGUGGCAACGUAUCUUUGAUGGCUAUAGCAUCACCACUUGGUUGGUUGUUCUCAAUCUCGGAUCCACCGGCUUACUCGUCUCUUGGUUAAUGAAGUACGCUGACAAUAUCGUCAAGGUGUAUUCUACAUCAAUGGCGAUGCUACUUACUAUGGUUGCAUCCAUAUAUCUCUUCAGCUUCAAACCAACGGUCCAGCUUUUCUUGGGUAUAAUCAUAUGCAUCAUGUCACUUCAUAUGUACUUUGCUCCUCCACAAACGCUCGUAGACUUGCCCGUCACACACGAAGCACAUCACAAAACCUUAAAGCAAGUUAUCGUAGAAGAAAAGACAGAUUCUUGAUUCAAAUGGAUGAAAUGGUUUAGUAUUACAAAACAAUGGACCAUCUAUCGAGAUGGUCUUAUUUAUAAUUUUACGUUUUAGUAAAUGAUGUUCGUCUAGCUUCUUCACCUUCUUGGUAAAUGACUACUUUUGAAACAAUGAUCUUACUAUAAUAGCACCUGCACCACGGUUAAAUUUUACCUUUAUGGUGUUAUAUUA